AGUAGAAUUGGUGUAUUUAUAGGCAUUACACGAAUAGUUUUUUGUUUAUUUUUUUUUUCCAUAAUUCCUUGGUUAAUUUGAUGUCGAUUCUCGAUUGUAGUUUGAGACUUUUGGUUACUCUUACACUCAUCUCAUCUACAGUUUUGUUCUUUGAAGGAACCGGUAUUCAAGCACAAGUCGGUUCUCUUCCUCAAUAUGAAGUAAAUGCUCUUCGUGAAAUAGCGGACCAAUUGGGUAAAAGGGAUUGGGAUUUUAGCCUAAACCCAUGCCAUGGAAAUCAAAAUUGGUCAACACCAAUAAUCAAUACAGAAAUGCCUGUUUAUAACAACUCUAUUAACUGUAACUGCUCCUUUCCAGGCAAUGUUUGUCACGUAGAGUCCUUACGUCUCAAGGGGCAGGAUCUUGACGGUGUUCUUCCACGAUCCCUGGCAAAGUUACCAUACAUCAAGAUCAUUGAUCUGGCUCGUAAUUAUCUAAGUGGCACCAUACCACGUGAAUGGGCUUCAAUGACCACACUGGAGUACUUGUCUGUUUUUGUGAAUAAUUUGUCCGGAGGAAUUCCAACAUAUUUGGGCAACAUAACCUCACUGGUAUAUCUGAGUCUGGAGGGUAACAUGUUGUCUGGAAGUGUUCCACCUGAGCUUGGAAAACUAGAAAAUUUAGCAACCCUAAUCCUUAAUGCAAAUAAUCUUUCUGGUGAGUUGCCAAUGGAACUCAAUAACUUGAGCAACUUGAAAGAACUCCGUUUAAGUAGCAACAAUUUCACUGGAAAAAUCCCAAACCUUGAGAGCUGGAGUCAGCUUGAGGAACUAGAGAUCCAUGCUAGUGGCCUAGAAGGACCAAUACCUGAAAGUGUUUCCUUCUUGAGCAAUUUAAUAGAACUACGGAUUUCUGAUUUAAGUGGAGAAGGCUUAAAGUUUCCAGAUCUGAGUAGGUUGACAAACAUGAAAACAUUGAUGUUGAGAAGCUGUAAUAUAACAGGGAAAAUUCCUGAUUAUAUAUCAAAUAUAUCCAAUUUGAAGCAUUUAGAUCUCAGUUUCAACAAUCUGAAUGGUGAAAUACCAGACCUAAGUGGACUAAAAAGUAUGGAAAAAAUAUAUCUAACUGGUAACUCCCUGAACGGAAGUGUUCCUACAUGGAUGAUCACCAAUAAAGAUGUUGAUCUUUCAAUAGAUCUUUCCUAUAACAACUUUAGAGAAAAUACUGUGCCAUCAGGUUGUGAUAGAUCACUGAACUUAUACAGAAGCUACUCUACUGGGAAUAAUUCAGAGCUUGCAAAGUGCCUUCGUCCUUGCAUCCAGAGUCCUGAGCAACAUUACAUAUCUUCAGUUCAUAUCAAUUGUGGUGGGCCAAGAGUUACCGUUGGAAAAAAGACUUAUGAAGCAGAUGAAGAUCCAGGUGGACCUGCAAUUUUUGUUCCUUCAAACGAAAAUUAUUGGGGAUAUAGCAGCACAGGAAGUAUAUGGAAAGUUAAGGACAACCUUAUUAAACGUAUCACAACUAAUUUAACUCUACUCACUAUGAAAGACGUUAAGCUUUACACAAAUGCUCGCAAGUCUCUAUUGUCUCUUACUUACUUCGGGCGUUGCUUACAAAAUGGCAAAUAUACAGUUAAACUACAUUUUGCAGAGAUAGUUUUCAGAGAUAAUAGAUCUUACCAUAGUCUUGGAAGACGUGCUUUUGAUAUUUAUGUCCAGGGCGUAAAUCAGUGGAAGAAUUUUGAUAUUAAGAAUGAAGCUGGUGGAGUCGAUAAGCCCAUAAUAAAGAUAAUAAAAAACGUAUCUGUAACUAAUGGAACAUUAGAAAUCCGGUUCCACUAUGCAGGGAAAGGUACAACAGCCACCCCUCAGAAGGGAGAUUUUGGCCCUCUGAUAUCUGCCAUAUCAAUGGAGUCCGAGCCCAAGGCUCCAACUCAUGGUAAAAUAUUUGCAUAUGCUGCUGGAGUGGUGGCUGUAGUGUUGUGCCUCAGUCUCAUAGUUCUUGGCAUCGCAUGGAAGAGGGGUUAUGUAUGGGACAAAAAUUCAAGAGAAAAAGAUGUAAGAGGAUUGGAUUUGCAGAUGGGUGUAUUUACAUAUAGACAAAUCAAGGCUGCCACUGACAAUUUUGCUGAUUCAAAUAAACUUGGCGAGGGUGGUUUUGGAUCCGUUUACAAGGGUACACUAUUAGAUGGAACUCUAAUCGCUGUGAAGCAACUCUCUUCCAAAUCAAAACAAGGAAACCGUGAAUUUGUGAAUGAAAUAGGCAUGAUAAUGGGUAUACAACACCCUAAUGUUGUAAGGCUACAUGGGUUUUGUGUGGAACGAAAGCAACUACUGCUUGUUUAUGAGUACAUGGAGAAUAAUUCUCUAGCACAUGCUCUAUUUGGUAUUCUCCUUUUCUUCUACUUCGUGAGUGAGCAGUAUAACUAUAAGUUGGAAAUUGAGUGGCCUACAAGACAAAGAAUUUGUGUGGGCAUUGCAAAAGGCCUGGCUUUCCUGCAUGAGGAGUCGGUGUUAAGAAUGGUUCAUAGGGAUAUAAAGGCGACAAAUAUUCUCCUAGAUGCUGACCUUACUCCAAAGAUCUCAGAUUUUGGUUUAGCAAGGCUUCAUGAAGAAGAGAACACUCACAUCAUGACUAGAGUUGCUGGAACUAUAGGGUACAUGGCACCAGAAUAUGUAUUAUAUGGAUACUUAACCUACAAAGCAGAUGUAUACAGUUUCGGGGUUCUUGCACUUGAAAUUGUUACUGGAAAAAACAAUAUGAAAUAUACGCCACACGAUGAUUGCUUUUGUCUUCUUGACUGGGCUGUUGUUCUGAAGCAAAAAGGGAGUUUGAUAGACUUGGUGGACCCACGAUUGGGUUCUGAAUUCAAAAAAAAAGAGGCAUUGAGAAUGAUCGAAAUUGCUCUAUUAUGCACUAAUGAGUCCCCAGUUCUUAGGCCUGUCAUGUCUGAAGUAGUUAAUAUGUUGGAGGGCCAUACCAAAACCGAGGAAAUAAAUGUGAAUGUGAACACAUCUGAAGAAGAGAACAGGUUUCAGGCACUUGGGGGGAAGCUUGAAAGAAUGCAGUCACAUGAGUUUGAGCGGCCAGAUAUUUCUAUUAAUCCAGCAUCUUCCAGCUCAAAUGACCUCUAUCCCAACAGUCAAAUUUCUCAAAAAUGUUGACUCAUAUUUGCAUAAGCACUACUUCCUUGAUAUCCUUUUGUAAUAGCCAUAUGUAAUAUCUGUUUUCUAACAAUUAAUUGUAGUAUAUUUAUAUAAUUCAGUGGAACCUUUUUGAAGAUAUUUUCUAUAAUAAACUACUAUUUCUUACCGGUUA